UCAGUGUGCUGAUCUUCCGUCGAGUUCGAGCUUUGCUUACGACUGAAAUCGCACAUCCCUUAACAGACUGUGAGUGUUUUAAUAUUCCAGUGUUGCUCACCGACGACAUCGCUCAUCCAUCAAUAGGAAGAUGUGGGUGUAUCAAUCCUCAGCAGAGGUGGACGAUAUUCAACUUUCCACCAUGAUUUGACCAGAUGUAUGCGAAUCAUCGUGAAGAGAUGCAGUCUAGGUUACUCUCUGUGGCCUCUGGCUCAUCACCCUUGGUGAACUAUGUUCAGCUCAUUUCUGGUGAUUUUCGAAGCUACGUUGCAAUGAACCUACUUAUUAUUGAUCAUUUAGCUGUUGUCAUUAUCUUCGAACAUUCUUUCUACGUUUUCGACAAGCGGCGCUAUCUUCAGGACAAGCAGAAGUCUGAUCCCUCUUUUUAUGUCGCUCUCGAGCAGUACAUGGCAUCUCCGCAUGCAGCUGGUGUCAGGGAAGCUGUAAUGGCCGCUGUCCAAGCAUAUCAAGAAGCCACGAAGACUGCUGUUAAAGGAAAAAUGCCUGCUUGGAUGGUAAAGUUACUGUCUGAACGCUCUCAGAAGGAGAAAAAAUCUUUGGCGAAGGCGGAGCUAACCAAGACUAUUCUUGAAAUCAGUUUAAAUCAUCGCCUGUCAAGACCUUAAUGUUGGGUAAUGCAAUACAACGUUGAUGGUGUUCGGAGCGGAGUUGAGGGUUUUGAUGGUGAAUACGGGUAUGCGGGUUUCUUGAAUGGUCUGUCGAGGUAGUUUCAAGAGGUGGAACUGUACGAAAUGGUUGUAUGAUCGCGUAAUAUGACGAUUUUUCUGGUA